CUCCCCGCCCGUCCGAACGGUACUGGAUGGCGCUGCGGCUCCAGGUUUUGCUGGUGACCAGGCCGGGUCAGGGCGGGGCUCGCGCCGGGAGCCCCCUGGACUCCAGGCCGAUCGGAAUUCCCCAGCCUCGACGCUCCUACUCUUGUCGGCUGCCAGGCGCUGGAAGGGUCUCCGAGUGGCCCUGGGACAGAUGGCCCUCCGGACCUCGGACGCACAGGGGCUGGGACAGGAGAGGGGACGGGCGUAGCGGCAGCUCGGGAGCCGGCAUUCUGGAGAUGGACACACCUUAAGAAGUUAUUCAGCAAUAGUUAUGACCUCCCGGUUACGUGCUCUGGGUGGAAGAAUUAAUAACAUACGCACCUCUGAAUUACCCAAAGAGAAAGCUCGAUCCGAAGUUGUCUGCAACGUACGCUUCUUAGAUGGCUUGGUACAGACCUUUAAAGUUAAUAAACAAGACACUGGCCAGUCACUUCUGGAUAUGGCUUAUGCCCACGUGGGUGUGACCGAAAAGGAGUAUUUUGGUUUGCAACAUGGUGAAGACUCAGACUCCCCUAGAUGGCUUGAAUCAAGCAAACCCAUCAGGAAGCAGUUGAAAGGAGGUUACCCCUGUUCCCUGCAUUUUCGAGUAAGAUUUUUUAUACCUGAUCCCAGCACACUGCAGCAAGAACAAACCAGGCACUUGUAUUUCUUACAACUGAAGAUGGAUAUUUGUGAAGGAAGGUUAACCUGCCCCCUGAAUUCAGCAGUGGUUCUGGCUUCCUACGCAGUACAAUCUCAUUUUGGAGACUUUAAUUCUUCCAUACAUCAUCCAGGCUAUCUUACCAACAGCCACUUCAUACCAGAUCAGAACGAUGACUUCUUGACCAAAGUGGAAUCUCUCCACGAGCAGCACAGCGGGCUGAAACAGUCAGAAGCCGAAUCAUGCUACAUCAACAUAGCUCGGACUCUGGACUUCUAUGGCGUGGAACUGCACAGUGGUAGAGAUCUGCACAAUUUAGAUCUAAUGAUUGGAAUUGCUUCUGCGGGCAUUGCUGUAUACCGAAAAUACAUUUGUACGAGUUUCUAUCCUUGGGUGAAUAUCCUCAAGAUUUCUUUCAAAAGGAAAAAGUUCUUUAUACAUCAACGACAAAAACAGCCUGAAUCCAGGGAACAUAUCGUGGCCUUCAACAUGCUAAAUUACCGAUCUUGCAAAAAUUUGUGGAAAUCCUGUGUUGAGCACCAUACCUUCUUUCAGGCAAAGAAGUUACUACCUCAAGAAAAGAAUGUUCUGUCUCAGUACUGGACUCUGGGCUCCAGGAACCCAAAGAAGUAUUUAAAUAACCAAUACUGCAAAAAGUUGAUUGGAGGGAUGGUGUGGAACCCAGCCAUGCGGAGGUCCUUGUCAGUAGAACAUCUAGAAACCAAGAGCCUGCCUUCCCGGUCCCCUCCAAUCACCCCUAACUGGCGAAGUCCUCGGCUCCGGCAUGAGAUCCGAAAACCCCGCCACUCCUCUGCCGAUAACCUCGCCAACGAGAUGACAUAUAUUACGGAGACCGAAGAUGUGUUUUAUACCUACAAGGGCUCCCUGUCCCCCAAAGACAGUGAUUCCGAAGUUUCUCAGAACCGCAGCCCGCACCGAGAGAGUUUAUCCGAGAACAACGCAGCACAUAGCUGCCUGACCCAGAAGUCAUCCAGUUCUGUGUCUCCAUCUUCAAACGCUCCAGGAUCCUGCUCACCAGAUGGGGUUGACCAGCAGUUCCUAGAGGACUUCCACAGAGUGACCAAAGGGGGCUCCACUGAUGACACUGGCCAGUACUACUGUGACAAGAAUGAUAAUGGUGACAGCUAUUUAGUCUUGAUCCGUAUCACGCCAGAUGAAGAUGGGAAAUUUGGAUUUAACCUUAAGGGAGGAGUGGAUCAAAAGAUGCCUCUUGUAGUCUCAAGGAUAAACCCAGAGUCACCUGCCGAUACCUGCAUUCCUAAGCUGAACGAAGGGGAUCAGAUUGUGCUGAUCAAUGGCCGGGACAUCUCAGAACACACUCAUGACCAGGUGGUGAUGUUCAUCAAAGCCAGCCGGGAGUCCCACAGCAGGGAGCUGGCCCUGGUGAUCCGGAGGAAAGCUGUCCACUCGUUUGCCGAGAUCAAAUCUGACGAUGAACUGAACCAGCUUUUCCCAGAGGCCAUUUUCCCCAUGUGUCCAGAGGGUGGGGACACUUUGGAGGCAUCCAUGGAGCUCCUAAAGAAGGGCCUCGAGAGUGGGACAGUGCUGAUCCAGUUUGAGCAACUCUACAGAAAGAAGCCAGGUUUGGCCAUCACCUGUGCAAAGCUGCCUCAAAAUCUGGACAAAAACAGAUACAAAGAUGUUCUGCCUUAUGACACCACCCGGGUAUUAUUGCAGGGCCAUGAAGAUUAUAUUAACGCGAGUUAUGUGAAUAUGGAAAUUCCUGCUGCUAACCUUGCAAACAAGUAUAUUGCCACUCAGGGACCCCUGCCACAUACCUGUGCACAAUUUUGGCAAGUCGUCUGGGAUCAGAAGUUGUCCCUGAUUGUCAUGUUGACAACGCUCACAGAGCGAGGACGGACCAAAUGUCACCAGUACUGGCCUGACCCCCCUGAUGUUAUGGACCACGGCAUCUUUCACAUCCGGUGUCAGUCAGAGGACUGUACCAUCGCCUAUGUGUCCCGAGAAAUGCUAAUCACAAACACUGAGACCGGGGAGGAACACACAGUGACACAUCUACAGUAUGUGGCAUGGCCCGACCACGGUGUGCCUGAUGACUCCUCAGACUUUCUGGAAUUUGUGAACUCUGUGAGGUCCCUGCGGGUGGAUGGUGAGCCGGUCUUAGUUCACUGCAGUGCUGGAAUAGGUCGAACUGGUGUGUUGGUCACUAUGGAAACAGCCAUGUGCUUAAUUGAGAAAAAUCUACCAGUUUGUCCAUUGGAUAUUGUCCGAAAAAUGCGAGACCAGCGUGCCAUGAUGGUGCAGACAUCAAGCCAGUACAAGUUUGUGUGUGAAGCGAUUCUUCGUGUGUUUGAAGAAGGCGUAGUCCAGAUGCUGGAUCCCAGUUAAGACAACUGUGAAGCGUCAUUCCUUGUCCCCAAAGGCACCCUUCUAAAGAGAGGGGGACAUGCCUUCCUCUGGAGGCCCAAGGAGGAACCAGGAGCUGUGGGAAGGGAAUGAGCAUAUUCGAACCCAGGCACUUUAAGUUUCUAUAGAAAAGGUAUCAUGUACAUAGGGGCUGGUAUAGAUACGCAUGCAACUACGGCUGCCUUUAAGCCCAGAGAAAGAAGCACAAGGGGACUUCGAUGUAGGACCUGUCCUGCCACCUUCUUCCCUACAUAUCACCGUCCCGUGUCAGCCAUCCUUGGGCACCUGGGAGGGUUCACCUGCAGCACUGCACACCUCCCAGAUGCCAGCUGGUGUGGCUGUGGCAGGUUGCUCAGGUAUUGUAUCGUGUGCAGGAUGCUGAGUGCUGAGUGUCCUGUGCUCCCAAGUGGAGCAGAGCAGCUCAGUCACCCACACCCCUGCACCAACCCAGGGCACCAGGAAUCGGGCUGAAGGCCGAGAGUUGCCUCUGCUGACCCUCCCCCGCUCCUCCCCUGUCAGUACUCAGUUCCUGAGGCCACAUCCAGAGCAGCCCCUCCAUUCACAGCCUGCCAGCCCAGCAGCCAGUGAUGUUUGUCCAGGCCAGCUCCAGCUGAGGGUCUGGCGUGAUCCCCGUCUUAGCUUCAGAAGCAGGUGUGUCUCUUGCCUCCGCUUGCCUCUUACUGUAAACUCAGACUGCAAGACUGGAUCCCUGACUACUGAAUCUCCUCCAUGGAUUGCUGCUACGUCAUGCUAUCACACUCGACAGGAGGAUUUUCCUGAGUGGGAGGGGAUGAUAGCAUUCAGAAUCUUUGGCCCUUUUGAGAAAAGACCUGCUAGUAAGAUACCAUGGGAAACCCUGCAUCUCAAGGGUUCCCUGUGGAUGUGUACAUGUGUGUGCGUGCGCGCGUGUGUGUGCCCCUCCAUGGGUGAGUGUUUCUCAGGAUUCCUAACUUGAUUCAAAUUACCAUUGAGUUUAUAUAAAGAAUGAGUCUCUGUACAGAAGAACAAAUGUACGCAUUCACCCUCAGUUACAAUGGUCUCCAUUUCAUUUCAGAGGAGAGGAUCAAACUGUCUGAAUAGAAACACAAUUCGAUGUUAAUUUAUUCUAAGUACCCCAGGAUUUUGAUUGUCCUAAAGAAUUCUGCUUUUGUGAAUACUAUGUUAAAUUUUUUUAAAAAUUUGUGGCAGGAUUGUAGCAAAAUAUUAUUUAAGGAAAAUAAAUUACAUAAACAUUUUAACGUGGUAUUUUUAAAUAGCAGUUUUUGUGUAUUCAAAAAAGGAAACUAAGCCAGUUUGUUCAUGGUAUUUAUAGAACGCUUUCAUAUUAUAGCCCACAUGGAUGAAACCAUUUUAAUAUUAGGAAACUCUGGACCAAUUGAAUCAUUUCCUGGUCACAGGAGUGAUAAGGACCUCCCAACAGGACCAGGUUUCUAAAGGUUCUUUAUCUAUUGAUCCUUCAUAUUUACUUGUGUUUACUUGCACACUUCCUGUCUUUUCCCUGCACAUAUUUUACUGCUAAAUGGCCUGGGUAGAAGGAGGCAGUUGCUGGUGUGGAACCGUAUGCUCUGUAGCAGGAAAAUAAUGCAAAGCCUAGUACUGAGGGCUGGGAGAUUGAAUUCCUGCUCCCACUCCACACUAACUAGCUCUCCACCUGAGGUACCUAGGAACUAUACUGCAUUUCCCUGAUCUAUAAAAUAAGAAAACCAGUACCUAGCCACUCAGGCUGGACAUGAAAUCUGAGUAGGAUCAUGCAGUGAAUGUGAAUUUUCAUCUGCCAGAGUAUAAACAGACAGUGCCCUUGGAUAGGCUACUUGGAAAAGCUAAUUUCUCCACCAUUAGCCCCAAAACACAUCAAACAGAAGUGGAGUCCAGCAAGGUUUUAUGAGAGAAAAAUGUUCCUCUAGCAUGGAACAGAAGUGCAAAGAAUGUCACCCCAGCACCUUUGAUCAGUCUGAACCCAGAGAAAAUGCUCUCAGCAAAACAUCAAAAAAGAGGAGGAAGGAGCACUGGCAUAAAUUUAAAUGCCAUCAGGAUAUUUAGCAAAUUUAGCCACUCUGUAAAAAUAUACCACCACCCUGUGUGUAAAAGCUUGAGAAGUCUAAAUGUCUUUAAAGGUGGUGGUUUAUUAUUUUUUAAACAAAUUGUUUAAUGUGGCUGCAGAAAUGCUGUCAUUGUGGUUACAUAGAUUUCUAUGUAUCUCUGAGGCUGUGCAGGCCAGCAGUUCAGACCCUGCGGAUGUUGUCAAAGAAGAAAAUCUGUGAAAUCCUGGGAAGAACAAGACAAGAAAAUUAGCUAAAGGAGCAAGAUACCUAACACUAUAUAUAUUGCUAGUAAAAAUCCAUAGCCCCCUUAUAAAGGUCUGCAAUUAUUCUCAAGAAGCUCUUUUGGGACUGGGGAUUUAGCUCAGCGGCAUAAGCACCUGCUUGGCAAGUGCAAGGUUGUGAGUUUGAUCCCUGGUUCCACAAAAAAAAAAAAAAAAAACAGCUCUUUUGUUUUUUUCAUCCUGAGUAAAGCACCACAUCAGAGUCAGGGUAAAUAUUUUGCCUAGGAAGUUGGGUGAAUGGGAAUGGAGAAGACAUUUCUGGUGCUUUCAGAAGAUUUAAUUAGACAUACUGCUGUACAAACUUAAUUAGGAUGAGAGGAACCCACUGGUGUCACUCUCUAGAACCUGCACUCCCUAGUUUGACUUAGCAAAGAAAAGAUUCAGCUCAAUUUGAUUGGGCUGAGAAGCUGGGAUAGUUGAAUCCCCAACCAGUACCUGUCUUUCGUCUCCUGCCACAAUAAUUGUUACUUAAAUCUGCUCUGAAAUUAGUGUAGAUGCUAUUGCUGCUCUGUUGCCAGUUGGCUUGUUUUUGUACCUCAGAAAUUAUUAUUUAGGGCAGCAAGAAGCAGCAAAGAGGUUUCUGUAAGGAAACUGUAAGAAGCAGGACUCGACCAGUUCUGGACUUAGCAAGAUACAGCACCCUUAGUUUCCUUUUAUGCAAAAGGGGAUGAUUACACAGGAGGAAGUGAGCUCAAGACCUGCCGACCUGGGGCUCUGAUACUCCUGAGAAGCAGAAGGAACCCGUCAUCACCUCUGCACGGCUGCCAGAGACAGAUGCAUCUCAUUUCUGUGACUUCCCUGUAAGGUUGGCCCCAGGCCUCGGCAUUGUUGGAUGGGGAAACAAGGACUGGGGCCCUCUGACUUUUGCCUGUCAGCCUGGCUGAGAACAGUGUCAGUGAAGAUGGCAAUGCCUCUGUGACAUCAGCCUGGGAAACCAAACUGGCAUUCAGAUGAUGCCAGGCUGAGCCUGCCAUCUGAAGAGCUCACAUAAUGUUUGGAGCAACCAAAGGAUUGUGUUAAGGAUUGUGUUUUGAAAAAUAUCUUAACUGAUGAGCAAUAUUUUUCUGUGUAAAUGUGGAAUGUUUUUCAUUCUGACCUGUCAGUGACUACUGAAAAACAACGUAAUCAAUAUAAAAACACUCAAGCUAUGCAACACUA